UGGACUGAGUCCACAGAGAAGAGCUGAGUUCGUGGAAUCUUUUCACAGAAGUCCAGUCUUGGGCGACACCAGGGAGACAGUGAUGAACCGAUGCUUUUCAAUUGCACUGACAAUGAGAAAGCCUUCCUGAACGCUUUCACUCUCCUCGACAACCAGAUAACUCAGGAUGAAGUGCGAACCUUUAGGUACCUACUGUGUGGAAAUCUGUCCAAGGAGAAAUCCGCUCUUAUUCAUCACAGAAAACUUCCCGGUGGGGAAACAUCACAUGUGUGCAAGGAGUGUGGACAAGCCUUCAUUCACCUGUCUCACCUAAAAACCCACCAGAAAUUUCACACUGGCAUAAGACACUAUAUGUGCAGUGAAUGUGGAGAAGCUUACAACAGAAGCUUGCACCUUGUUCAGAACCAGAGAACUCACACCAGAGAAAGACCUUAUGAGUGCAGUGAAUGCGGAAAAGCCUUUAGUCAUAAAAACACACUUGUUCAGCACCAGAGUUAUGGCGAAAGGUCUUAUGACUGCACUGAAUGUGGAAAAGCCUACAGCAGAAGCUCCCACCUUGUGCAGCACCAGAGAAUUCAUACAGGGGAAAGGCCUUAUGAGUGCAGUGAAUGUGGAAAAUUCCAUAGCCAAAGCUCUCACCUUAUUGAGCACUGGAGGAAUCACACCAGGGCGAGGCCUUAUGAGUGCAGUGAAUGUGGAAAAUUCCUUAGCCAAAGCUCUCACCUUAUUGAGCACUGGAGGAGUCACACCAGGGCGAGGCCUUAUGAGUGCAGUGAAUGUGGAAAAUUCCUUAGCCAAAGCUCUCACCUUAUUGAGCACUGGAGGAGUCACACCAGGGCGAGGCCUUAUGAGUGCAGUGAAUGUGGAAAAUUCCUUAGCCAAAGCUCUCACCUUAUUGAGCACUGGAGGAGUCACACCAGGGCGAGGCCUUAUGAGUGCAGUGAAUGUGGAAAAUUCCUUAGCCAAAGCUCUCACCUUAUUGAGCACUGGAGGAGUCACACCAGGGCGAGGCCUUAUGAGUGCAGUGAAUGUGGAAAAUUCCUUAGCCAAAGCUCUCACCUUAUUGAGCACUGGAGGAGUCACACCAGGGCGAGGCCUUAUGAGUGCAGUGAAUGUGGAAAAUUCCUUAGCCAAAGCUCUCACCUUAUUGAGCACUGGAGGAGUCACACCAGGGCGAGGCCUUAUGAGUGCAGUGAAUGUGGAAAAUUCCUUAGCCAAAGCUCUCACCUUAUUGAGCACUGGAGGAGUCACACCAGGGCGAGGCCUUAUGAGUGCAGUGAAUGUGGAAAAUUCCUUAGCCAAAGCUCUCACCUUAUUGAGCACUGGAGGAGUCACACCAGGGCGAGGCCUUAUGAGUGCAGUGAAUGUGGAAAAUUCCUUAGCCAAAGCUCUCACCUUAUUGAGCACUGGAGGAGUCACACCAGGGCGAGGCCUUAUGAGUGCAGUGAAUGUGGAAAAUUCCUUAGCCAAAGCUCUCACCUUAUUGAGCACUGGAGGAGUCACACCAGGGCGAGGCCUUAUGAGUGCAGUGAAUGUGGAAAAUUCCUUAGCCAAAGCUCUCACCUUAUUGAGCACUGGAGGAGUCACACCAGGGCGAGGCCUUAUGAGUGCAGUGAAUGUGGAAAAUUCCUUAGCCAAAGCUCUCACCUUAUUGAGCACUGGAGGAGUCACACCAGGGCGAGGCCUUAUGAGUGCAGUGAAUGUGGAAAAUUCCUUAGCCAAAGCUCUCACCUUAUUGAGCACUGGAGGAGUCACACCAGGGCGAGGCCUUAUGAGUGCAGUGAAUGUGGAAAAUUCCUUAGCCAAAGCUCUCACCUUAUUGAGCACUGGAGGAGUCACACCAGGGCGAGGCCUUAUGAGUGCAGUGAAUGUGGAAAAUUCCUUAGCCAAAGCUCUCACCUUAUUGAGCACUGGAGGAGUCACACCAGGGCGAGGCCUUAUGAGUGCAGUGAAUGUGGAAAAUUCCUUAGCCAAAGCUCUCACCUUAUUGAGCACUGGAGGAGUCACACCAGGGCGAGGCCUUAUGAGUGCAGUGAAUGUGGAAAAUUCCUUAGCCAAAGCUCUCACCUUAUUGAGCACUGGAGGAGUCACACCAGGGCGAGGCCUUAUGAGUGCAGUGAAUGUGGAAAAUUCCUUAGCCAAAGCUCUCACCUUAUUGAGCACUGGAGGAGUCACACCAGGGCGAGGCCUUAUGAGUGCAGUGAAUGUGGAAAAUUCCUUAGCCAAAGCUCUCACCUUAUUGAGCACUGGAGGNGCCGCAGCCGCCGCCGCCGCCGUAAAGGCCUAUACAUUUCCUUUAAAAACUACCCGUGUAAUUAA